AUGAGUGAUCACAAUCAACCAACACAUAAGACGGGCAGACUCACCCCGCCGCGUUCCAAGAGAUCAAAGUCAAUCGAUCAGCUCCCAUCAGAGAUCAAGCCUCCAAAGGACGCUGAUGAGGUUCUCGGCGCCAUCGAAGGUGUCGAGAAACAACUCGAAUCUCUCCGUACUGCCCACGAAGAGCAUCGCCGUGUGACCGCCGAACUCGCCGCACGCCGCGCUCAGAUCGAAGAAGCCGCGGACUUUGUCGAAGCACGCGAAUCAGAACUCGCAACGCUCGAGGUCGAACUGGCGCAGAUGCGUGAAGAGCUCGAAGAGCGUGAAUCAGAAAUCGUUCAGCGUGCAUCAGGUCUCGAACAGCGUGAAUCACAGCUCGCACAACACGCAGAGAAGAUCGAAGAACUCGAAGCGGUCGUGCAGGACAAAUCAGACCAAAUCGAUCAACGCGUCGAAGAACUCGAUAAGCAGCUCGAAGGAAUCUCCAUCCGCAAGGACGAACUCGCAAAGCUUGAGGAGCAAGCACGUGAGCGUAUCGAGAAGGACAACGAGCUCGAAGCAAAGCUCACCCAAGUCUCCGAGGACCUCGCGAAGACCAAAGCAACACUCGGCGGACGCGAGAUCGAGCUCAAGGAUCGUGCUAAAGCCGUGGAAGAACUCUCGAUCCAAGUCGGAUUGCUCGAACAACAACUCAACGAGCAAUCCGAAAAGGCGCACGCCGAUGAGGAAUCAUCGCUCAAGCUUGUCGAAGAGAUGCAAUCCCAGCUCGACGAAGCGGAAUCAAAGAUCGCUCAGCACGAAGAAGCGAUGCAGCGUGCGUUGGACCGCGUAGAUGAACUCGAAUCCUCGGCUCAGAAGCAAUCCAAACAACUCGAAGAAGCGACCAAAACCAUCGCCGAGUUCGGUUCAAUCGAGCAGUCGCAAGCCGAGUCAAUCGCAAAGAUCGAAGAACUCAAGGCGCAACUCGAUCAAGCGCCAACGAGUGAGCAGAUCACAAAACUCCAGUCUGAACUUGAAAAAACAUCAAGCAAGUAUGAAUCUGCUCAAUCCGAAGUCGCUUCGCUGAAAGAUCAGCUCGAAGCUUCGCCGACCGAUGAGCAGAUCCAGCAGCUCCAGACUGAGUUGGAAUCCGCAACCAGCAAGCAUGAGUCCGCACUCGCAGAGGUUGCAUCACUCAAGGACCAGCUCAAUGUGAUCGGCGAGUCCGCAACCCAGGACAUCGAACAAUCCAGCGCCAAGAUCGAUGAACUGACCCAAGCGUUGAAAGAUGCGAACGCGAAGCUCGAGCAAACUCAGCAGGAUCACGAGCAAAUCCAAUCGCAGCUCAAAGCCAAACUCGAGGAAGCACUCACCUCCAGCCAACAGCUCGAGAGCUCUACCGGUGCUCACCAAGCAACCAUCGACGAGCUCAAGCUGCAAAUCGAGAAGCGCGAUGACCAGAUCGAGACAAUCCGCUCCAAAUACGACGAGCUCAGCAAUCAGCUGCUCGAAGCCGAGGAGUCCUCUGAGAAACAAACAGCCGAUGCGCAAGAAGCAAACAAACAAAUCGAGCGUCUCGGCGAGCUGCUCGAUGCCGCGGCUCAGCGCGAGCAGGAACUGCUCACAAAGAUCGAGGAACUCCAGGAGCAGAUGAACUCCGCCGCAAGCGAGUCCGCAUCACGAACCGAUGAAUGGGCACAGGUUCGUCGCGAGCGAUUGGACAAAGUGAAGUCGAUCCUGCGUCAGCAGUCCGACAAGGUCCGCCGCGCCACUGAAGCACUCCGCGAUCGCUAUGACCAGUGCGAGAAAGUGCUUCUCAAGCGAUCCGAGCUCGUCGAAGCGUACCAAGCAGUCGCGGAUGCACAGGCAAAGCUCGCCAAGCGUGAAGCUCGAUCUGGCACUCUGCUCGGACUCUCUGGUCUCGGAUUGCUCCUGAUGAUGAUCGCCGGGAUCAGCUGGUUCGUCGCCGGACAAGUACAACCAGGUCAAUACGCAGCGACCGUUACUGUCGCAGCCAACGCCGGAGAGCGAGCACUCACUUCCGACGACCUCGCUUCUUGGCAGGGUUACAUCGAGCAAAUGGUCAGCGAUCCUCAGUUCAUCGAGCAAGCCGCCUCACGCAUGAAGCGCCGCGGGAUCGAUUCGCUUUCGGUCGCUGGAACCCUCAGCGCCCAUAUGCAAGAUUCGCUCGAUAUCACCAGCUCCGAGCCAGGCACGAUCACCAUGGAAUACCGAGGUGAUGGUUCCGCUCGCACACAGCGUGUGCUCGAUACCUUCGCGAUGACCGUGACCAGUCAAGCAAACUCGGCGCGUGCACGCCGGAUCGACGGAGCGUUGACCACCAUCGAAGCACAAGCACAAGUGGGGGAUUCACCGCUCGACACCAGCCGCAUCGAAACCGCAGGGAUGAUCUUCGGCGGCUCAUCCUUCGCGACAUUCCUCUUCGGAGGCAUCUUCUGGAGACGACUCGCGAAGAUGAAAGCAAACUUCGAACGCGAUUCACGCGUCGAACCACUCUUCGAUGAAGAGUCCUGGGAAGUCGAAGGUCAAGACCUCUAA